AGACCUAUUGCGAGAUCAGUUGGAAUGAUUGCUGCAAGGAGAAGUACAUGUUACAGCUGAUGAUAGAUGGGCUGCUUAGUUUCGCAGCUCUCGGGCGCACACAUCGUAGGCAACGCAGAGCGCCCGGGGCCGUCGCUGCACCUGCACAUCGGGCCGUCCCUCGGCAAGUCGUGUGCCCAGGCCGGCGCCGAGCGCGGCGGUGGCCGCGCGCUAGACGACGUGUUCUCGGUGCCCCAGGAGCUGCAGCCGCCCGCCGCAUGCGCGGCCUCCCUUGGAGGCGCAGGCGCCCCCACCGCAGGCAGCAGCGACGGGACGGCGGCGCCGAUCUCGGACUGCAGCACCAACUGCAGCAGCGGCGGUAGCGGCACUGGCAGCAGCCCCGGCGACUUGGACCGGGCCGCCAUCCUGGGGGAGCCUGGCAGGA